AUGUCUGGCCGAGUCACCAAGGGGAAGGCCAAGCCGCGCAAGGCUCCUGAGGCGAAGUUCGACAGCGAUGAUCCAACCGAUAGCAACCUCAUGCUUCUAUGGCUUUGUAUGAAUAACAUGAGUGCAACCGGGCAAGUCAACAUGGAACCUGUUGCCUCGGCGCUCAAUAUUACAGUCAAUGCUGCAAGGAAGCGCUACCGUCGCCUUAAGGACAAAAUGAAUUCCAUGAUGGUGACCCUUGAAAAACACAAGGGGUCAAAGGCUGCGUCUGCAUCCAAGCCAGCCCAGUCGGCGAAGCAGGGUAAUGAGAAUGAGGGGCAGAACAACAACUCUGAGGAGCCUGCCGAGGACAUUUAA